AUGUUUCGUAACUUCCUCGUCCUUCGGACGGAAUGUUGCAAGUAUCCAAGUGAUGACAGCUCUCUGGUGCAUAUUAAACGAUACUAUGCUCACCUACUACUACUGAAGAAACGCAUCGACCUUACUGUCCCAAAACUAGUUGAAUGGCCUUGGCAGGACGCAUUCCAGCAAAAGCAGUUUGUUCGUUCUGAAAUAAACUACGAGGAGGCUGCCACUUUAUAUAGCCUUGGUGCUGCGUACUCACUUCUGGGGCAGAAAGAAACACGGGCUGAUGUAAAUAGCAUGAAGGUUGCAUGUACUCACUUUCAAUGUGCUGCCUGGGUUUUUCAAACACUUCGUGAAAGGUACGGGUCGUUUACUGAUGCUCCUGAUAUGACCGGUGAUCUGUUUCACAUCUACAGUUUGGUUAUGCUAGUAAGUAAUCAGGCCCAGGAAUGCAUAGCAGAGAAGUCCAUUGUGGAUAAUCGGUCCCCGAAUACUACGGCAAAGCUAGUCAAAUUCCUUGCAGAUUCCUACGGCCGUUGUCUCACCAUGAUGAAUGCCCUCUCCACUUCAGUACCCGCUCGGUUUCUCAAGGUUUAUUUAAUUUUUUUUGUUUUAAUUCUUGAUUGGACACGAUUGGUGUCGAUAAAGAAGUCGUAUUACGCCAGCCUAGUUGAUUACUUCAUGGGUCAGGAAUGUUCUGCUGAGAUGAAAUUUGGUGUCGGCGUCUCCCACUACAAACUCGCGCAGUCGAGCAUCGAGGACGCCUGGCGCGUCGCCAAGACCUUCACCGACUCGACGGAGCCGCAAUUAGGCCAGUCCAUGAUUGCCACCAUCCAGCUUGCUCGCGAAAUCAUCGUCAACUGUUGUACCAACGCAAUAAAAGACAACAGUCAAAUUUACCACGAACCUGUACCCCAAUCGACAGCCCUCGAACAAGUUCCCGAUGCUUGCUUGGCUAAGCCCGUUGCCUUUGAUCACACGGACCCCGCCGUAAUCGGAGAAGACAUCUUCAAGAAUCUUCUUCCCAUUGAAGCUCUUGAGGCCAGCUCCUUGUACAGCGAGAUGAAGGCUGAAUUUCUUAGAAAAGUCUUGGCGGAAGUGGAAGAGAAAGACAAGGAACUGGGGUCUUUCUUGUCAAGCCUCAACCUCGACCCCAAAGAACUUCUCAAGCCCGAUAGCGGUUUGCCGCAGCCUUUGCUCGAUGUUUGCGCCCAGUUGGCUGGGAUGGAAAGGUCUCCUGAAGCCGAACUCUCCUCCCAAAUGUCUGGUGAGCCAAACGCCGCGCUCUGGCAAUGGCCACGCAGAUUUUCUAGUCCAUAUGAGUUGAUUUACUUUCUUUUGCACAUCGCUAAUUGCAUCGCGAUAGUCCUUGUCGACGUAAGCGUUGAUGUCGAAACCGAAUUGAAUGAUCUGUCCACCGAAAUCAAGGCUGCAUCGGACCACCUUGACGCCGUUAUGCCCUUAGCACCACCCUCAAAGACAGCCCCUGUAAAGGAACAGCUGAGCGGGAUAAUCGAGCGCCAUGAGAAGUUUGCGUCAGCCGUGGAAGAAGCGAAGCAGUCAAAUGCGCAACUGCAUCAAGUACUAUUAGAACAUCAGAAGGCCUUGCGUGUCCUCCUUCGUCCUCCCGACCAGAUCGAAGCGGAUCUCCCCAAUGCGAAUGAUUUGAUAACCGAUACCGAUUUCCUUACGGGUUUGGAUGAAGCUGCGCGUAUAUUGAAGAAAAUAGAACAAAUGCAGGAUCAACGUGCCUCGAUGUUGGAGAAACUGCGCGCAGCCCUGCAGGCCGAUGACGUGACCCAGGAAAUUCUUUCGUCUAGCGACCACACUGCGUUGUUUGAGAGCCGCAUGGCUGCCCACGACGAGUCAGUAAAGUUGCUUCGCAUGAACCUUUCCGCUCAGGAGAACAUCGUCAAGGCCCUGAUUGACGUCCAUGCGAAAUUGGGUGUAAAUAAAUACAAUAUCCUGGAGAGGCGACGAGGGCGUGCUGAGGAGAUCAAUUCACUUAUUCUCUCUGGGGAGACGUUUGGCGAUCUGCUGGUGAAGUGCAGUGAGGGUCAAGCCUUUUAUCGUGAAAUGUCCGAUCGAUUGCAUCUUCUUCGCUCCAAACUCGACCAAGUAAACUCAUCAAUUCGUGACCUAGAUCCUAAACCUCAGCAGCCAACUUUACAGACAUCAGCCCCUGUUCCGACAAUGCCGACACCCACCCCAUCAAGUAAACCGACGGGUUCCCAAGGCUCAGCUUCGGGUGCGAUGACUCUGCGCGAAGUUCUUCGUGCGAGGGAACAGAGUGCCGCCGUCCGACCCCCAACCCCGUCCCAACCUGCACCGCCCCACUGGCAGCCUCCUCGUCUUCAAGCAGCGCACCCACCAAAUCCCACGGAACCUCCCUUCCAGCCUUCACAACAGGGGGUUCGCCCAACUACUCUCACGGCCACCCAACCUGCUCCCUCUCCACCGUCUAAGCUCGCCCAAUUUUCUCCCGUUCCUUUCUCGGUAUGCCAGUCGUCGGACCCACCGCGAACUCCUGGUGCCGCUUUAAUGGUGCAACCAGCAGCCACGCGACCUCAGCAGGCGUUUCCUGCGCCCUACUACCCGAGCCCAUAUGUAACAGGCAUGCACUACCCCUCUCUUGCACCUCUCCCGCCCACAAUCAACCGACAGCCACUUCCACAACGUCCUGGGCUGGUUCCUCCAACGGCACAAGGCUCGCCUUAUGCCUACCAGCAACAUCCAAAUGCUCAGCAGUACGUUCUCCCAUACACAAACACUCCAUCUGCUGCACCCCAUCAACCUAGAGUUCCAGGAACUUCUCCAGGUCAAGGGCAGAGGCCCGCGUUUCCACAGCCACAGUGGACUCAGCAUCCAGGCCAUCAAUAUUCAGCACCCGCGUUUCGAUCACCAACUCAACCCGCAGGUAUUCAGGCGGUUCAUGGGGUUGCUGCAGGGCAAGGACAACGACCAACACUGCCAAGCACAUCUCAGCCGGGUCAAUACUCAGUUCCACCCUCCCGGAGCCAACUACCUGAGGCUUCUAGUACUGGUAAUCGGGCGACUCCAGGGCUAUCAAGCCAAUCGACCAUUCCGACUUCGUAUCAACAACCCCAAACGCAGGUGAUGCCACCAGCACCAGCAAAACCCCAGUCUGGACUUCAACCUCAGCUUGGACCACAGGCAAUGGUACAUGGUCUGGGGAUGCCAAAUCAAAGACCAAUGUCUGCAGUUCCCCCGGGCGCUUAUCAGCAGGCCCCUUUUGGUAGCCAACUGGCACCCCAACAGUUCGCACACCAGCAGCAAUUUCAUUCGGGAGGUCAGCUAAAUUAUAAUCAGCCUGGGUUUCCAGGCCAAGGUCAACCGUCCAUUCCAACUCCGCAAUCGUACGAACCACCUCGUGCCACCCAGCAAUUCUCCCAAGGAGCGGCUGUGGGCUCUGCGGUUGCGGGAGUUACGGCUCAGGCUCAGCACCCCGGAGCUACCACAUCAGUGACUCAGCCCGGUCAACACUAUUAUGGAGCACCUCAGCAACCUUAUCCGUACUUGCCACGUGGAAUUCAAGCGCAUGCUCAAAGUCAGCCAAACGUUCAGUACAAUUAUAGACCGUUGUUUCCUAGCCAAAGUGGGCCUUUGGCUCCGAGGCAGCCACAUGAAGCAGCACCUCGACUUGCAAAUCCUUCGAGCACACCGGGUUAUCAAUACUCACCUAACACAGUUUCGAUAGGUCCGCAAGGUGCUACAGUCACGUCACACUAUCCACCAUCAACAACCUCAGCUCCAACAACUCAUGCGGCCCCGAAAAGUACAACCAACGAUCCACCACCAAAGGCUACGUCAGCACCACAAGUGCCCGAUGAACCUCAGAACCUCCAUCAAGAGCCAUUGAAACCUGAUAUUUUGCCUUCUUCCCAGAGGCCCACUAGCCCUAUAUGUGCUGGUGCUCCGGAACCGUGUCCAUUAUCCACCGUUACGAAUCCGCCGAAACCCGUUUCGCCAUUGAACGCCAAAUGCGAAGGAUCAGAAGAUGCUGAACUGGAUGGACAGGUCGUCUCUUCGUCUGCUAACAACUGGGACCUUGGUAAAACACCGAUUUUACCACAAGUUCUCACACAGGCUGACUUAGAAGUCCAGAGACGUGAAAAACACCUUCGAGCAACCUACGAUACCACGAUGGGUAACCUAGUUGACUCCUCAACUGUAAUCAGCACUGGCGAAGUCACAAACAAGGCUGCACCCCACAUAGAUCCACUUUCUGACUGCCUGGCCGUCAAUCGUUUUAUCGACUCUACGGAACGACUGUUAACUUGGCUCGAAACUAUGAACGACCCCGUUCCCAGCAGUGACCCGAGUUCUUUAUCACGUCCACUUUCCCGGCUUGACCAGUUGUGGUUGCGUGUUAGUGAGAUCACUUCAAAUGGAAACGAAAAACGACCAACACAGGCUGUAGCUCGCUGUAGUGCGGCGAAAAACCGAAGCCAAGAAUGCAUCCCUUACGAUUUUAAUCGCGUUCUUUUAAAGGGUGAUCCCUCCUCCACUAAGAGCGAUUACAUAAAUGCCAGCCAUUUGGACUUUAUUUCGUCCCUGGGUGAAUGGUGUCCGAGGUACAUUCUGACACAAGCACCCCUCCCCAACACCGUGGUCGAUUUCUGGAGUAUGAUUUUCGAUCAAGCCUGUGAAUUGGUGGUUUUGUUGCUCCCUCCUCGUCGACGAACGACCGUACUUCCCUCAAGUCUUGACCCUUUCGAAAGCUACCCAGAAGGUGCUUAUGGUGACCCCGAGGAUCGUCUGCGAGUUCCUGCACACUUGCCACCGAUGAAGGUUGGCUCCCGUCUUCAGCUCGACGGUAAUUCCUCCUCGCUGGAGCUUCGCCUCCAGGCUGUGAAAUUAACCCGGCCCGAUUCGCUUUCCCAACAACCACCAACUGUAGAUUCGAUUUCUCAGUCAACCUGUAUUGAGCGCAUCUUUACCCUAAAAAACUGCAACAAUCAACAAACUCGCAGUGUCGUUCACUUGUGUUACUCCGGCGCUUUCCCUAAAACGGGAGAUAUUGACUCGAUAAGGUCUUUCACUGCUUUUGUCAAUGCUUCUAUCGGGUUCUAUAAGCAACAGAGAAGCCUAAUGCAUCCUAUUGCGGUCGUGUCGGAGGACGGAGGUGGUCUUGGGGGUAUGUUCGUAGCCAGUUCCGUGGCUGUGCUUCACUCGGAGGUCCUGGGAAAAAUCGCGGACGUGUGUGACCUGGUUGGACGUUUGUGUCAACAGCGGCGAGGUGCUUUGACUCAACCUGAACAGUUUGCGGCCAUAUACGCGGUAGUCGGAAUGGCUGCUAAGCAGUCUCUGGCACGGAGGGAUAUAGUAGUCGGACCGUCUUCAGCGAUCUCGCGAAAGACCGUCAGCAACUUGGAAAAGGCUAGCGAGGUAUCACAGAAAGAAGUCACAGCCGCAUCCCACGUAGCUGAAGAUUUUGCCGCGUCCCUUUUCUCGGAUCGGCCUUUACAGGUAUCAGAGAUGGUAACGGCUCUUGGAUUCACUCCUCCAAAUAAGACCGUGGCGGCGCCGCCCGCCCCUCAACAACCCACCGAACUAUCGAAGUCCCAGGAAGUGAAUGGUGGAUCCUCUAACAAUCGAGUGUUUGCCGACCUUCCUUCUCACCUCGUUAACUUGUCUCUUGUGGACGAAAACACCAGUGGUUCUCCCUCUUCAACCGGGCGUCGUCAUUACCAGCCCCGUGAUUUUACUGAUAAGGACUACAAACAGUCGCGUGACGCUCUAGCCGAAGAUCCCACCAUCUUCGAAGAUCUCGAUCCUUUACCGUCGCAUUCAAAAAUGUAG